UUCUCAGGGAAGUUAGCGAGGUGUGUCGACAUUUAACUCAAUUUCUACUGAAAAAAUGUCAGCAACUUUGUGAUUUUUGAUGAUCUGUUGCAUUUCCUGAAAGAGAGAAAAUGACAAGAUGAGCCAACCCUUGCAGUAGAGAACAUCAAAACCAUGUUUUCAGUUCGGAUCGUGACAGUCAACUACUAUCAGGGUCAGCCAAUCAGGGACCUCGAUGUUGCUUUCUCUGAUUUCCGAGGGUCAGAGGUCAAGCAGGUUCCAGUUCUCCGUAUAUUUGGAGCAACUCCAGCUGGGCAAAAGACAUGUUUGCACAUCCAUGGUGUGUUCCCAUACAUCUACAUUGGGUGUACUCCUCAAGACUUCACUACUGACAGGGAACUUCUUCAGUUUGCCACCAGUCUAGAUCUUGCAUUACAGGUGUCUAUGGGAAAAGCGUCUGGUAACACACAUCAUGUGUUCAAAGCCAUAUGUGUACAAGCAGUGCCGAUGUAUGGAUAUCACAGUAGAUCCAGGAGGUUUCUCAAAGUUUAUUUCUAUAACCCAUUCAUGGUAAAAAGGGCUGUGGAGCUGUUGCAGAGUGGUGCUGUUAUGAACAAAGUAUUCCAACCUCAUGAAGCUCACAUUCCAUACAUCCUGCAAUUCUUGAUCGAUUACAAUCUCUUUGGGAUGAAUUUGAUUCAUCUAGCCGCAGUCAAGUUCCGUUGCGGUCAAGAACAAAGUGUGGAUAGUGAAGUUCGCUCACAAGAUACACAGCCAAUCAGCAUCGGGUCUGCCCAGUCUAGUCACUCUAUCAGCUCACAAAAAUGGAACAAGGACAACAUGACAAGUGCUUUACUACUUGAUGCUGACAUUCAGAGGCAGAGUGUCUGUGAACUAGAGGUGGAUGCUGUUGCCACGGAUAUCUUAAAUCGUCAUGAAUUACAAGGAAAUACUGAAAUGAACCCUGGACUCCUUGCUAUUUAUAAUGAAGAGAGGGAAAGGAGAGAGGUCAAAGGUCAACUAGAUGUCCUCCAUCCACCAUCAUCACCAGAACGAGGGUUGAUAGAGGACACAGACAGUGAACUGCAUGGCAAGACCAGACUAAGUGACAUCAUUGACAAGCAACUCAGUGAAUUGAGAGCAAUGGUUGGAGAAGAUGAAGAAGACAAAGACGAAGAUGAUAGUGAGCUUCAUGACACCAUGGCAGAGCCAUUACUGACUGCUAGUCAAAUCAUUCAACAUGAUUCCCAAUAUGCAGGAGAUGAGAGUUCCGUUGUGACACCAGAAGAUUCGCAGCCAAUCAUUGAUGAGGAAUUAGUACAGUCACUGGUUGAAGCAUCUCAGCACAGCGGUCAAUUCUCUCAAAUGGCAGAUGAAGAUGGAGAGUUGGUUCAGCUUCUUGUAGACUUAGCUCAAGGUAAAGAGACUGCUGAAGAUGGAAGUAUUCUCUCUAGUCAGCAGACGGAGGAUGGAAAGGAAGGAUGUGUAGAUGAGGAUGUGAAGGAAUCCUUAGAGAUGUCUCAGGCUUGGGAUGGAGACGAUGAUGAUGAUGAGACACCUACUCAACAAAGCCAAACAACUCAUGAUGUAUCAUCUAGUGUAGACAAUACUCAGGGGAGCCAGGUUAUCAUUCCACAGUUAGAUGGCAGCUCAGAUGACAAACCAGCACAUCCAAGUAAGAAGAAAACACUUGGAGUGAGAAGAAAAGCCCCCAACCUUUCUCCAAAGUUACCUCCUACCCUGCUGGGUAAACUGACAGAGUUUGCUGCUCAGAGCGGUCCAUCCAGCCACAAAAGAUUGAUAAUGACCAGCCCUGUUAAAGCUACACACAACAUUUCCAGCGAUCAAGCCAAUAGAGACCUACAGAAAGACAUCUUUGCAAAAGUCAAGAAUUCCGACAGCUCUAUCAAGAAGAAAAUAAAGUUCAAGUCAAAACCACAUGUCGUGAAAAUGAUUAGCUGUCAGGGAAAGGCUCCACAUUCUCAAAAUCAAAAGCCAAAGUCCAGUCAACAAAAUAAAAUGAUUGGGAAUCAAACUCAAGCUAUUCGCAAGUCGCUUAGUCUAACACAUCAAGCAAAGCCAGGAUCAUUAGAAACCGUUCCAGAAAAAAAACUAACCGCAACUUUGCCUUCAUUCAAUAGCCUUACCACAACUCCAGCAUGCCAAAACCAAUCAGUACCUGCCAAUGCAUCAACAAAUGUCAUAUCUCAUUCAUCAGAUGAAAACUUAAACAUAUAUUCAUUAGAAGGUUCAUCACAUCCACCAAACACAGACAAGGAAUUGGAAAAGGUUCCAUCAACUUCAAAGGAAUUCCGCCUCAAAGUGUGCAAAGAGCUGGAAAGUGUUUGUAAGCUUUCUCUAGAUAAGGUCAAACAAGACCCCAUGUGGAACCCAGUUGUAAUGCUCAUCAAGUGCCCAAUAGAGACUGACGCAAAGGGGAAGAUUAGCUUUUCAGGAACUAGUCUGCCACGUAAGCAAUUAGAACGCAUCAGGAAGGAUAAUCUCAAAGCUCAUCCUGGAAGACGAAGCAGCUUCUCAAGGAAGAUUAAGCCACCAAAGCGAUUCAUGGAUGAACAAUUCUGGAUGAGUCAGAUUAUGAAAGUAACCAAGUAUAAAGAGAAAGAGUCUUCAACUGCAAGUAUGGACGGAUGCACUGGUGUUAAACAAAAGCAGGUUCAAGAAAGAAAAGACAAGGUGAGAGAAGAGAAAGCUUCACUAAUGGAUGAAACUAACAAGUCAUUACACUUGGCCAUGGAGCCACCAUGUUUGGAAUCCAUCAGUAAGCACACACAGUUGAAGCCAAGCUCAUUGUUAACUGUUCAGUCUGAAGACCUUAGUCAUCAAGAAAUGCCCAUCCUGGAGAAAGUGAAACACACAGACGAUCUCUUUGUAAGACAGUACAGCAAAAAAUCAAGCCAUCUUAAUAAGACAAAGGCUAUUCUUCAACAGAAAUACACAAAAACUUUAAAACUGUCGUUUAAGAAAAAUAAAUUUAGUGUCUCAAAAGUCAAACAUCACAAACCUAGAGAUGACAAGACGUAUGAAAUGCUGUCUCAAACAUUUGACAAACUGGGCUUGUCAAGCGAACAAAUGAUGAAUGAAUCAACACAAGGGUCCACACUGAAGGGAGAAUCUACAGCAGAAAACACUGACCCCAAAAUAGUUACCUCAACAGCUGAGAGCAGUUUGACUUCAUCUAUAUUAGAAAGCUCUCCAAGCUUUAGCAGGAGCAUAAAGCAAAGUGAUGUUCAGUCAACUAGCAUGCAAUCAACACCGAGCCCAAGCAACAAUACCAGCCCUCCUAGAACCAUCUAUCAGUCUAAGAAGAAAAGUACAGGGAUAAAGAAACGGCAUGGAAGCGGUAACAGUGAUGAUUGGUCAAAAAAAAAAGGCAGCCAAAAGUGUCAGAGCAACAAACGAAAACGAAGUAUGGAUGAGACCAACCAUGAGGAACUUCUAGAUAAGUCAUACGGCUUUCGCAAGAGGGAAAGAAUCAGUUAUGAUGAUGGUGACUUUCCAGAUGUUGGUUUUGACAUUUUGUGUUGGUCUGAUGAAGAGGAGGUAGAAGAUUCUGCUUUUGCAAACACUGCAGUUGACUCAAUGUCUGAGCUAAAGCAAGCUGGAAGUGUCACUGAAUCAAGUCACAUAACAACUGAAGCUGGAAAAGGAUUUCCAUGGAGCCCUCAAAAAAAAAGAGGGCGACCCCCUGGAAGCAAAAACAAGAAAUCUAAACUGUUAAAAUCAGGAUCUCAUUCUGCAAAGAAGGAAGACAAAAAUAGUAGUCCCUCAAGACCUAAGCCUCAAUUGUCUUUUACAGUUGACUCCAUGCUGCAUAAUGGUAGAAGUAUAAACAGCCCAUCUAAAACAGAUACAACUGAAAGGCAACAAGUCAAAAACCUAAACCAGUCUAUUGUUUCUACAACUCAUGGCUCAAUGUAUGGACCUAUUACCUGCAGAACCACUACAGCAAGACCAAGAAUCAAUGAGCACACAGAUAGCAAUGUCUCAAUGAGUGAACAACAUAAUGGGUCAUGUCCGAGGGCUUCAGAUUAUCAACCUGCAGUCAAUGGUCAUUUUACCAGUUACCAAGACACCGACUCAGAAGCUACUUUAUAUCGGGAUGCAAUGUGGAACUUGGGAUACUUCUCACCACGUAAAACAAAGAAGGAAGGCUCUCCUCCAAGAUGCUGGUCACCAAGUGAAGAAGGUGGACAAUUAUUUUCAAGUAUGAGAGAAGGGUUCCAACAGAAUCUCACUCAAAAUCAGAGGCGUGAGAAUGGAGAAAGGUCAAACAGGAUGGGUCACAACCUUAGCAAUAAAACGGAGACAUUGGUGAACAGAUUCUCAGGCUCAACGAGCGAAGAUGAGAAUUCCCGGCAAGAAGGAGAGAAUGGGACAAAUAUGCAGCUGAUAAAUGUUGAUACCUCUAGAAACGGAAAUGGUUCACUGUCGGAACAAAUGUGCAAUACUGGAUUAUUAAGAAUAGACAAUGUGACAGGAAUCACAAGUAGACAGUUCAACGAGGCAAAACACAAAAGUAGUUUUGGUGACUCUGAGGUUGGUGGUGUUCAGGACAAGACAACAAAUGCUACUCCCUCGAUGGAUGAAACCAAUGUUGCCAAAUCAAAACGUUAUUUUGAAAGUGAAGAUGAAUCCAGCCAAAGUGAUGAUCAAUCAAGUAAUCACACACAGCAAGAUGAUGCUGAUAUAAGUGCGGAUGCAGAGAGCACCACCUCAGUCCAAUCUUUAUCCAAGUUUUCACUCUCAGACAAGUUCCCUAAAAGAAAAACAUCUCGAAAAUCAAGAGAUAUAUGUAACAGGUCUAGAGAUGAUGGGAAAACAGCCUCUACUUGUAACUUUGCCAGCCACCCAGAGAAAACAAGCAACCCUGAAUCUAACAAUCUAAGUCGGUCUGUCCUGCUUCUCAAUACACAAGGUGCACUAGAAGAUGCAUCAUCGUCAAAUUUGUCAUCAGGUCAGAAUUUUCUCAGCAUGUUGGGUGGUGAUGCGAAUCUCGAUAGCAGUAUUUCUACCGCCUCUGCUUGUAACAUUGCAAGCCACAAAGAGAGAACUACCAACUAUGAAUCUGAAGAUCUAAGUCAAGUUCUACUUGAUGAUACACAAAGUGACUUUGUAGAUGCACCAUCAUCAAAUUUACCAUCAGCUCCGAGAUUUCUCAGUACAUUGGCUGGUGAUAUGGAUCUUGAAAGCAGUGUUUCUACAAGCAUUGGAGAUGUCUUAACUCCGCCACUCAUUGUAGAUACUGGCACAGAUACAUGUACGUCCUUAAGCCCUUCUCCUGCUCCUACACAAAGUGUGUCUCAAAAGGACAAUCCUAAGGAAAACAUCACUCAAGAGACACAGAAGCUUUAUGCCGAGGAUGUCGGUAGUAAUAGUUUAAAGUCAGACGGUUUGAGAGAAUCACCUAGUAAACGAUCAGAGGAAUCUGCAAUAGAAGUUAUUUCACUGUCGAGCAAUAAAACAAAAUAUGGAGAAAGGUCAUCAGAUGAUGAGAGUUUCUCUAAGAAGACAAGGGACAGCCACCAAGAUGAAGAUGCUAAUAGUCAGUCUGAAUCAGAAACAUCUUGCAAAAGGUUUUCUCCUGAAGAAUCAUCAUCCAUGUUGUCUUGCCCUCACGUUUAUUCUCCUCAAAUGAAGUAUGAGGAAAUUUCAUCAGAUGAUGAAAGUCAACCAACUACAGCUCUUCAUGAUAGCAUGAGUAGCACUCACACUAAGCCUGAUGAUAUGAAAGACACACAUUCUGAAAGGUCUGAUCACUCUCUUCAAUUUAAGGAUGAAAAACUAUCAUCAGAUGAUGAAAUAAUCGACAGCGGAGUUACUGACUCACUGUCUUAUAUCACACCAGGUCAGAGGAAAUACAUACCCUCCAGUGAUAGUGACGGUCCAGCAGAGAGUGACGAUAGUGAUAUCUAUGGUGCCUCUAAUGGGUCUAGCAGCACUGGUGCAUCCUUAUCACUUGAUAUGUCUCAGAUCAUCAACUGUAUACCCUCCAUCUCACCAACCAGGGAAGUUUUUGAACCUUCAAGUGGUAGUAUCUUUACUCCAGGAAGACAAUCAAGACAGCGUGAGUCAGUGAGAACUUCUCAGGUAGAUGAGACAAGAAACACAGAGAUGGAAAGUGACACAAGUCAAGCCUCCUCAAGCAUUCUAAACAUAACUGAUGUGUCUUAUAAAAAGAUGCAUCAGGAAAGCACAUGUAGAAACACAGACUCUGAUUGUUCUGAAAAUAGUAAGUUUCAAAAGAAUAGAGUAAGCGAGAUGCCAAGCGCAUCAUCUUGGAGCAGCUCUAGUGAAAGCACUUCAUCAUUUUCAAAAUGGAAACCUUGUGGGAAACUGAACUCAAAGGAUACUCUAAGUGACAAUAAUGAAUCUUUCUCUCAGCUUGUUUGCCCAGAGACCCCAUCACCACAAGGUACGCAGUACAUCAGUAGCCAGUCAAAUUCAAUCACAGAUGCUGCUGGGAAGACGAUUCCAUCAACUCCUGGUAAAAGCCCUACUUUACAUUGUAAAGUAAAGCUUUCAACAAAUACAAAGAGUAAGAUUGAUCGAGACAUUGCUGAAGGACUGUUGAGAAUCAACUACAAAGAUAAAUUCAAUGAAGAAUCUUCAAAUUAUGACAGAACAAAUACCAAUGUGCCAAACCCUGAUUCGUACCAUGACAACUCAAAUAUGAAAGCAUCAAAUCUUGAAGAUUCCAGCUUUAGCACCUCCAAGGAAUUAGGAGAGGAACCCUUGAACCUAGUUCUUAAACCCAGAGAUCCCCAGGGUCCAUCCUUGGAGGGGCUUAGUGCAAGAGAAGACAGUAGAGAGAGUGCGUCAGAUGAAGUGGAACCAAUGGAAAUCGAUACAUCACAGGAAGGGGGUGUAUGUCGAGACUCGUCUGAAUCAGGUUCCUCAAACCCAAUGUCUGUGUCCGCCUGUACUGAUCCUGAGAGAUCUUUACCCCAUGGACACUCAGUUUCAUCUCAGGAAGAUUGUCUUUCUGCUAGACAAACUUCAACCAUGGAACAAUCCCAAAGCCUUGGGGAUAAGUUAUCAUAUGAACCUAGUGAUAAAGAUCAGACACAAUACAGCAAGGUCAUUGUAGAUAAAGCAAAUGAGUUAUCUGCAAGUAUCGACCACCCCAGCCAGCCAUCAGACAGACAUGAUGCGGCUCUAGUACAUUGUAAAAGAAGUCAACAAAGUGACUCACAGGAGCAAGAUGGAAUCAGCACAGAGAUGGUUGAAGACCUGACCACUAACAGUCUUCAACUCAUCUCACAAUCAGUACAAGAUCCUCUCCAAUCAACAUCUGAAUCACCUCCAACAACCUCAACAAGAGUCCCAUCAAUUCUCAGAAAUACCACAACAACAAAGGAGGAUGAGAGUUUAUCAGAUAAGCCUAGCAAGGUGUGGACACCCUUUCAUCCUCCUCCAAGUGCUGAUGAUAUACAAGCAUCGCUGCAAGAGUAUGGACUCCCUCAGCUACGACACAAGAAAGCAUUUUGCGGGAAUCCAAAUGAUGUCCAUCAGACCAGUAAACCAGGUGUUCACGACGAAGGUCAUUUGCAAUCCAAUCUGCCAUCCUCUCUACCUGAAGCUGAAAGUAAACUUUCCCAAACAGGUCUCAACCAAUGGCAAGCCAACAUGAUGGCCUUGAGUCCACACCCCUUAUUGUUGCCUAGCAACAUUGCCCCUGAAUGUGGAUUAAAAGCGGCUCUGGUGGGAGAUGUGGAUGCUGUGAUUACACCUUGUAGGUCCCCUCCCUCUGUUAAACAGGUUCAGGAGUGGUUGGAUGAUAAGAACAAUAAAACUGAUAAGUGUAAAGAAGAUGAGGAAAACAAAAAUGACAAAGACAAGGAUAAAACAAACCAAACUGUGACCAAAACCUCUCAGCCUAAAGAUGAUAAGGAACAUUUGGCAGCAACCAUGAAGGAAGACAUGCACAGUGUCAUUCUAAACACACAGGCAAACGAGUCACAGCACAAACCGUCAAUGUCUCAAGUGCAAACACCAAAGUUCAAUCUACCACUCUGGAUUAAUAACGGCACACAAUCAUCCAGAGUAGUUUCCUCACCAAUGGAAGGCCCAUCUCGAUUGAGUCCAACCCCCUGGAAUACAAACGGCUUCUUAUCCCAACGGGAUACACCAUUGCUUGGGAGGGAGAGCAGCCAACCACAGCAUAGUACUCCUCUACGCGUUCACACACAGUCAAAAGGUACUCCUCUUCCUGUCACCCCUAUUAGUGGAUGGAAGAGGCCGCGUGACCCAAUGUCAGCUGGACCAUCUUGUGAGAGACAAUCUUCUUCAUCUAGUAUGAGACAGUCAUUGCUCUUCACACCAAGAGAGGGUUCAGGAGAUGGAAGGCAUGCCAAGGACUGGUCUCAAAUAGAAGGUGCCACGCCCAGUAACACUUGUGGCUUCAAGUUUGGAGAUAUUAAUAUGCAGGAUGCCAAGGCUACUCAUGAGGUUCAGCAUCUGAGUAUUAUGAGCCUUGAGCUACACAUCAAGACAAGACGUGACUAUCAUCCAGACCCAGACUCUGAUCCAAUCAGAGCAUUGUUUUAUAGCAUCCAACAAGAUACACCUCAACAGCAUGACACAGCUAGCCAAGGAAGCAGCGAACAGAGCGAUGGUGAUCUAAAUAUGUUUCACGGUGUGAUCAUGGUUGAUGAUAGUAACCAUAGUAACGUAGGACCAUCAACCUCAUCUCAUCUACCAUCAUCUCUUGCACAUAGUGGUUUGAAUGAUACCAAAAUUACAUCAGUAGCAUCCGAGGCUGAACUACUGGAUGAGAUUCUGUGUGUUAUCAGGAAAUAUGAUCCAGAUAUCUUGGUUGGUUAUGAGAUCCAGCAGCAUUCUUGGGGCUACCUUUUGGAAAGAGCAGCUUUUCUUGACGUUGAUCUCUGUACUAAAAUCUCAAGACUACCUGAGUUUAAGAAGGAGAGCCAUUUUGCAUCUGAGCGUGAUGCCUACGGAGCAGACCACCAAUCAGAAAUCAACAUUGCCGGUCGUAUAACGCUCAAUCUCUGGAGACUUAUGAGACACGAGGUGGCCUUAACCAACUACACAUUUGAGAAUAUAGCUUUCCAUGUUUUACAUCAGCGCAUUCCUCUGUUCUCAUAUCGUACACUGACUGACUGGUUUGAUCACAAGAAUCCACAACUCUACAGGUGGCGAGUGGUGGAGUACUAUACAGUGCGUGUGCGUGGCUCUCUGAAGCUUCUUCAUCAGUUAGAUCUGAUUGGACGAACUAGUGAACUCGCUCGUGUGUUUGGGAUUCAGUUUUACUGUGUCCUGUCAAGAGGAUCUCAGUAUCGUGUGGAGUCUAUGAUGAUGAGAACAGCAAAACCACAGAAUUACGUUGCCAUGUCGCCCAGUGUACAGCAAAGAUCUAGAAUGAAAGCUCCGGAGUGCAUUCCUUUGGUGAUGGAGCCAGAAUCUCGUUUCUAUAAAGAUCCAGUUAUUGUUCUAGACUUCCAGUCUCUGUAUCCUUCAAUGAUGAUUGCAUAUAACUACUGCUACUCAACUUGUCUUGGCCGCUUAGAACACAUUGCAAAUGGUGGUGAAUAUGCUAUGGGAUGUGGUACUUUAUCUAAUUCCAUAAGUCAAUUCAAGAAGCUUCUACAGUCAGAUGGUCUUCAUAUAUCCCCUAAUGGUAUUGUGUUUGUCAAGUCUCAUAUCAGGCGUGGUGUCGUACCAACGAUGUUGGAACAGAUUCUAAAUCUUCGUCUAAUUGUCAAGAAAGCGCUGAAGGACUUUAAGGAUAACAAGGCAUUGAAUCGUAUGUUGAAUAGUCGUCAGCUUGCCCUUAAAUAUAUCGCUAACUUCACCUAUGGAUAUACAUCAGCUAGCUUCUCUGGACGGAUGCCUUGUAUUGAGGUUGGUGACAGUGUUGUACGGAAGGGGCGUGAGACGUUGGAGAGAGCCAUACAUCUUGUAGAAACAACCAAGAAAUGGGGAGCUAGAGUAGUGUAUGGGGACACAGACAGUAUGUUUGUAUUAGUUGAAGGAGCCAGUAAGGAGCGAGCCUUUGAAGUAGGGCGUGAAAUCCGAGAUGAUGUGACUGCAGCGAACCCUAAACCUGUCAAACUGAAACUGGAAAAGGUUUACCAUCCAUGUGUCCUACAAUCCAAGAAACGUUAUGUUGGUUAUAGCUACGAGUCGCCUGACCAAUCAGAACCAGACUUUGAUGCUAAGGGAAUUGAAACAGUGCGUCGUGAUUCAUGCCCUGCUGUUGGCAAGAUACUUGAGAAAGCUCUGAAGACUCUCUUUACCACACAUGAUGUCUCACAAGUCAAGAAGUACGUUCAGAAGCAGUUCUUAAAGAUCCUUGAUGGCCAAGCAACAAUGCAAGACCUGAUCUUUGCCAAGGAGUACCGUGGCCAGCACUCCUAUCGACCAGGGGCUUGUGUACCAUCCCUUGAAAUCACCAGACGUCUACUUGCUGUUGAUCGUCGUGCAGAGCCUCGAGUUGGUCAGAGAGUGCCUUAUGUUGUUGUGUACGGCAGUCCUGGAUUGCCUCUUAUUCAGCUUGUACGCACUCCAAGUCAAGUUCUUGAGGAUCCGAGCCUAAGAUUGAACACAACCUACUACUUGACACGUCAACUGGUACCCUCCCUUAACAGGGUAUUUGGACUGCUUGGAGUGGACACCAUGCAGUGGUAUCAGGAGUUACCACGGUGGCAAAGGGUGACAUCACACCAUCAGCUUGGCACACCUGGGAAGAAGGGUACAAUAUCCCAAUACUUUGUCAGUUUGAAUUGCGUCAUCUGUGAGAAAGUCACCCAGACAAGUAUCUGCGAUGAAUGUAAGAGUAAAAGUCAAGUCACAUCUACCGCCCUCAUGAGUCGGGUUCAGCAAUGGCAGAAAGCGCAGCAAGACAUUGCCAAGAUUUGUGCAAGUUGCUGCAAUUUUAGUGAGCAGGGAACACAUGGCUGCGUUUCUCUGGACUGCCCUGUGAUGUUCAAGACCAACAAACUGCUAAGACAGCUUGGGCAAGUACCUUUCUACCUACAGCUUCUAGAAGACCUGUGAGGAUUGGCCGUCUGUUGUGAAGAUAUGUUCUUUAAAAGAAAUUAUGUCCAAUCAGAUGAGUUAUACUGUAUCACCUUGAGCUGUUAAUACACUCCAUGCCAUUGGUUGAUUUCAUAAAGAGAUCUGAUGAUGCUUUGGGGUUUAUUUAUUUUAUAGCCAGUUUAUGUAAUUGUUUUUCAACUUGAUUGACCUACUGCCUCAAAGAGGCUUGCCACCAUUUGUUUUCUUUUUGUAAGUGAGAUUUCAUUCGUUUUCUUUGAGACUAAUCCAUUCUAUGCUGAAAUAUGGUCUAACUGUAUUUGGUAAAGUCAGAAAAAUAUUGUGAUCUGUUGUUUUUUGUUUCUGAAUACUUUGUAUUACCAUGCAAAUGAAUGCAAAUUUUAUGCAAGUUAUGUCAAACGUGCUGUCAUGCUUUGCCACUUUCGAGCAUAGUCAUGAAAAUCAAUGGAACUUAAAGGAUUAGUACUAAGUAUUUUUGUGGUCUCUCUCAGUUUUUUAAGCCAGUUAUAUUGGGGAAAUUAAUUGGUAGAUAAAGAACAUUUUGUUAAAUGUUAUCUAUUUGUGUAAUAUACAAACAGUGCCUAUAGUUUUGGAGAGAGUUUUUUGAAAGGUUGUGUGAUAAGUUUGUUAGUACUCUUGUAUAUCAACAUUUUUAAACUCGCCUAAUAUUGCUUAAUUGUGUGAAUAUGUAAAAUAUUGAAUACAUUUUUGAAGGUCACCUAUUCAUAUAUUGUUUGUUGUAGUUACCAUGGUUACAUGGACUUGUCUCAAAGACACACUAAAUAUUAUGUUUUAGUUUUUACAAUUCUGCAUCAAGUUGUAACAAACCCCAUUGUUUGUGUCAUGGACAGAGCAAAAGUAUCUGCGUGUAUAUGGAAUUCAAAUAUUUUAUCAAUAUGUUUCUGUAUUUUGGAAUGAAUUUGGAAUAUACUUCGGUAUAAAAUUAUGUAUACAGAAAAUGGUUAUACUACUUUGAUUUAAGUGGUCAGUUGUGUUGAUAAAGCUGGGCCAAUACUAUUAAAAAAGCAAGAAUAAAUAAUUGUUUAGUAAUUUUGUAUGCAUGGUUACUGUUUAAUUUGAUGGUACUUUUGAAUGAUUUUCGCAUAACAAUGUAAUAUUGGCUCAAGACCGGCCUGUAACAUUCCAUCAACAACAAAAUAAUAUAUAAAUGAAGCUGGUCUCAAAAGGGGAUGUUAUGAUGUAAUGAAAUAAUGUGCACAUAAACUGAUGACAUUCUUAUUAAUUUGUAAUCCAAUUUUUAAAAUCUGACAGAUUCAUAUCUCAAUGAGAUAUGUUUGUAUUUAUUAUUGUCAGCUGACUUUUUUUUUUACAAGUGGAGUUUGGUGUACAUGCAUUUUACAAAUGGAUAAAUAUAUAUUUUCACCUUUUUGUAUUUACAUCAAUUUACUUGGUAGAGGGAUGUCAUUUGUUAUACUUGGUAUGGGUUGUAUCUUAUCAGGAAAUAUUUAGAUAUCUCACAAUCAAUUGAAAGUUUUGUGGGAUUGGCCUUCAGGUAAUUGUGGUGUUGAUGUAGAAUCAUCUUUUUAUGAUCAAGUGUGUUGAAAGUUCCAGCAGUGAUAUCAGCGUCGUUCAGUAUUGAUAUCAUCAUAUCAUAUUUAUGAAAGUGGUUCAAACUUUUAAUUUGUUGCAGCUUGUGUUACAAGUAUGGAUAACUUGACCUUGGCAAUCAAUUAAUUUGAAAAGUACAAAACUAAAUAAUCUUUUUACAAUUUUCUAUCGGUUUGAUAACAUUUUCUACUUUUCUCUGGUUCAUGCUGUGGGGAUUAAGAUUAUCGUAAAUAUGGAGUUAUAAAAUAGUGGUUUUGUUCAUUAAGUUAUAUUGUAGUCAUCAACACAGAUGAACUACAGUAUAACUGUGCAUGUUUGUACACAAAUCUACAUUAAAAUGAAGGACUUGAAAUAAAAGGUUGAUAUGUCAACAUUCAAGUUCCUUUAGCCUUUGAGAAAGACUCUGCUAGGCGAGUUGAAACGUCGAGCUAUGAAUAAUUUUUUGCAUAAGGCCAUAUUUUUUUUAUCAAAGUAGGUUCCAUGUGGACUCCCAAACCAAGCGUGUGUGAUGUAAUCUGUGUAACAGAAGGCUUUCAAUAAUAAUGGAUUGGGAAAAGUCACAAUGCGGGAGUCCUUUAUUUAUCACUUAAACACAACUGUAGUAUAUGGGACAAGUAGCAAUGGUUUGAACUAAUACGCCAUUCCAGUAAUAUGGAGUUAUUAUCUCAAAUGAGCCUGAAAACAUCAAAACUGCGUAUCUGUCAAAAUUCUUUAACCAGAGCUGGAUUUCAUAAGGCACUAAUAAGAUUAAUCUUAAGAUGAGUGUCAGUAUUACCAUAGUGAUUUGUAUUGUGACAUCACACUUUGCUUAGCAAUUAAGAUUGAUUCACACUAACAGGUCAAUUUUAACUCCUUGUGAAAUCGGCCCAAUGAACUCUUUAAAACACCUAUUUAUAUAUGUGAAAACAAGGUGCGAGCCAACAUACAAGUAAAAAUUCUGAACCAAAAUAUGCAAAAGCCCUGAAAUAUUUCAUACAUUUUGGUGUAAACUUGUUAUAUGUUAAGCAAUGCAGUUUGAAUGAAAUGCACAAUAAUGAACCUUUCUGGAGUGGUUUACCCCUUCAAAGGUUCAGUGCCAAUCUCUUCAGUAUGCAUUUUUGUCAUGCACUUAUUAGUCUUGUUUAAUUUUACAGAGUUUUGAAUUUUGUUGGGGAUGUCUUGGUGGUGUAGUAUAUUUGUGAUAUAACAAGUAUUGGAAAGUUAAAGGUUUUAGCAUGUCUUAUUAGUUACUUAGCCAAGGUCACUAUUGUAGACAUGUAUGAUUGAUAUUUACUGUUAUUUUUCUCUCUUAUUUACUCUCAACCAAACGAUCAAUUAUUUUGUAUCCAAACUUAUUUUACACAUUGCAAUUCUAUUUGUCAAUGCAAUUUACUGUUGUCCUCAAUCUGCUCAUUUAUCUUACUAAAUAUUUGAUCCAACGUUAAUUUUCAAAUAAUUAAGCAAAGGAACACUCAUUUUUGGAAGAAUACAAGAACAUUUUCAAGGCCAUUACAACCACCAAAAUUAAUA